AUGAGUACCACAGAGCUAGAAACAGAAACACCUCAGCCCAAUACCCGCAAACGCAAUGCAGAGGCCGCAGAGAUCGAAAUAGACGUGGAGGCGCCAGAACCUCCGUCCAAGAAGGCCCUUCGCAAAGCAAAGAAAGCAAAAGUAUCUAAUGAGAGCACAUCGUCCUCAGAAGCAAAGAAGACGAAGCCACCUACCGAAACACAAGAUGUCCCUCAAAAAGAUUCGACACGCUCUCAACACGGGAUUUGGAUCGGUAACCUAUCUUUUGGCACGACGAAGGACGACCUCAUAAGAUUUUUGACCUCCGAUUUAACGAAUGUGAUCAGCCGAAAUCAGAUAACCAGGAUUCAUUUACCCCAAGGUCCGCCAAAAUUUGGCAAAGCACAGAACAAAGGGUUUGCAUACAUCGACUUUUCUGACCAACAAUGCAUCGACAUGGCGCUCACGCUGAGCGAAUCUCUUCUGGGCGGCCGCCCGGUGCUAAUCAAAAAUGCGAAGAAUUUUGAGGGCAGACCCGAGCAAAAAAGAGACCAUGCUGAGAAGCAAUCCCGGCCUCCAAGCAAGAGAAUCUUUGUUGGCAACCUGGAUUUCACCACCACGGUGGAGGAUCUGGAAGCGCACUUUGGAGUAUGUGGACCGGUCGUCCAUACGCACAUGGCUACGUUUGAAGAUUCAGGAAAGUGUAAAGGAUUUGCGUGGAUUGAUUUCGAACAGCUAGAAUCUGCAGAGAAGGCUAUGCGAGGCUGGGUUGAGCGAAGAGAUAGUGCCGGGAACUCGCCUGUUGAGUCGAAAUCGUCAAAGAGCAAAAUUUUGCUGCACAGACUUCACGGUCGCAAGCUCAGGAUGGAGUACGCUGAAGACAAGGCGACUCGGUAUGAGAAGAGGUUUGGAAAAUCGGCGAAAAAGACGGCAACAGGAGAGGGAGAUUCGAGGGAAGAUAGCGGGAUCAUGGAGGUUGACAACGGAGAAGAGAAGACCGAAUCCAUGUACGACAACAAGAAGAUGAAUCCCAGCAAGGCUCAAGGGAAAUAUUCAGAAGAGACGGUGCAGAGACUGACGGGCGCAAUCAUUGAAAGUAAAGGCCAGCGAACAGUCUUUGAAUAG